AUGAACUUAAUUAUAGUUUUUAUAGGACUUAUUGGAAUUUUUGGGGGGCUAUUAGAGAUUUUUAAAAUAGCAAAUGCAUCGGAAGUAAGCAAUUCAGAAAUUAAACUGGCCGAUAGUGCUCUUGAUGAAUUUACUCAAAAGGAAUUUAGAGAUAUUAUGAAUAAAAUAAAAGAAAAGGACAGAGAAGAUGAUUCAGAUGAAGAAGAGAGUUACGAUGAAGGUUUUAAAGAAGAAGAUGAAGAAAUUUUAAAAGAUAAAUCUAACCUGAGUGAAACGGAAUCUGAGCUAGAUAGUUUGAAAAAGAAACAAGCUAAUUUAAUAAAAAGAUCAAAGGCUGAAAGGGAGAAAUUAGAAGAGGAUAUUGAAGAUGAUAUAGAAUAUAAAUUUAAAGAACUUCAAAAGAAGAAUAUGAAAAAUAAUUUUUACAAUAAUAAAAAUAAAGGAAUAGAUGGUUCAGAAAAUCGAGAACGAAAAUUAGAGCUAGAAGAAUAUAUUGAGCCAAUAAUUGAUGAUAUUGAUGAUGAUAAUAGCCAAAGCAAUGAAGAUAUGAAUAAAGAGAGAGUAGACGAUGAUGAUGAUAGUGAUAGAGAGAUUGAAGAGAAAAAUAUACGACAAAAGAAAGAAAAAGUUUUGGAUCAAGAAGAAAAUGAAAUAGAGGAUAUAAAAGAAGACAUAGAGAAUAGUAUAGAUGCUAUUGAAAAGAAUCAAUUAGAUUUUCCCACAAAUAUAGCUCAAGAGAGUAAAGCUGAAAAUACUACACAAACAAAUAUUAAGACUUUGCCUUCCGUUGGUGAACAUAUACUAACUUCAACCACAACUCAAAUAGUUACAGCAGUAUUAAUUCAAAGUUCAUUAAAACCUAAUGCAGCUCUAACAUCUUCAAAUAUAAUUUCUCCUUCUUUUGGGAUUAUAUCUUCACCUAAUAGUUCUAAUAUAAAAACAGAAGCUAAAGAAAAUAAAAUUUCAGUUCCAAUAAUUUCACAAAAUAGUCAAAGUAUAUUAAAUAAAGAGAGUACAAAUCCUCCUACAUUUAUUUUGUUGGAACCAAAUUUAUUAAAUGCAAAUAAAAUAGUAACUGAAGAGGUUAAAAUGACACAGAAUAAGCAUAAUAAUGAGGUACCUAAGCAAAUUGAAAAUAAAGGAAGUUCUCAAGAGCAAAAAGUAACACAGAAACUAAAAGAUAAAGAAGAGAUAGUGAAGAUCACUGAAUAUAAUAAAAAUUUAGGUAAUAAUUCAGUGGAUACUGGGACUCCACCAAAACUUACAAGUAAUUCUGGAAUUUCAGCUUCUUUGAGUAAUGGAACAAAUAUCCAAGUUCCAAUUACAACUAAAGUUGAUAAUACAGACAAAGACACCACAAAGGAGGUUAGAAUAAAAAAUAAUUUACUUGGUUCUGGAGAAACAGUACUUAGUACUAUAAAUUCUGUUCAACAUGUAGAUAAUAGAAAUAAUACUGAGACAGCUAAUGAGAAAUUAAUAAGACAACUAACAGAAUUGGUAUCUUCAGCAGCUUUUGAAUUGGAUUCAAAUAAUGAAAAAUCAAAAAAUGACUCAAAAGUUUUUUUAAAUUUGAAUAAAGUAGGUUUAAAUAAUCAGAGUAAAGAAGAUAAAGUUGAAUUAGGAAAGGAAGGAAAUUUUCCUGAAAUAAUACAAAAGCAUAAGAGAUGGUAUGAGAAAAGAGAUCCAGUAACAGGGCAGUUAUUAUUUGAUGCAGCUCAGUUUGCAAAAAAUAUUUCUAGUACUUUAAAUAUUCGUAGAACAAAAGGACGUUUCAGUACUUGUAUAGAAUAUAAUGGGAAGAGGGAAGCGUGUGAAAAAGAAAUUGGUUGUUUUUAUGAUUCAGUUUAUGAUAUGUGCUUAAUUAAUUGUGGUCUUAUCAAGGAGAAGAACACUUGUGAAGAAUAUCUAGAGUGUAGAUAUGAUUAUAUUAUACCUAGAAAGGCUUGUGUAAAUGAUUGUUUUCAGAGUAGAAACUUUACUCAUCAAGAUUUUGAAGGUAUAAUUAGGGGUUGUGUGUGGUGUACUCAAGAAAGUACCUGCUUGGCUUUAGCUAAAGUUCAAAAAGAAAAAUAUCCUGAACCUAAAGAUAGGAUGUUUGAUUGUCAUUGGCAACUUCAAAGUGGCUUAAAAGAAGAUAUAAAUGGUGAAUUUGAAACAUCAAUAUGUGUAGACAAAAAUUUAGGUAGGAAGAUGACUGACAAGGACUUAAUGGCAGCAAGCUAUAUUACUGGGCAGGUUAAGGUUAUGGAACAAGCUGUUGAAAAUAUUGCACAAAAUAUGUUAAAAGAGGGGAUUCCUGGAGAAGAAACUAUUUUAAAGUUACAGGAUCCUUCUUUGUUAAAAAAAAAGAUUUGCACACCUCGACAUAUUCCAUUUUUAAAAAUAAUUCCUAACAAGCCCUUCUAUUUAGAAGGUGAAAUGGUUACAGUUAAAUGUGAGCCAGGUUAUAGUAUUACAGGUUCCACAAAUGAAAUUAUUUGUGAAGAUGGAGAAUUAAUUCCACAAGUAUAUUGUAUAGCUCAUGUAGCUAUUCAAAAGCAAGCAUCUUCAAUUAGAAAGCAUUUGGACAAUAUCUUUUCUCUCCUUAUUAAUUCUGUAACUGGUGGAUCUGAAUGGUUAGGUAGAACUAUGGAAGAACUUCAUAAGAAGCAGGAGAUGAGGGGUAAUUCAGAACUUGAAGAAAAUAAAUUUGAUGAUUCUAAGGAUAAAGAAGAUAUUACUAAAGAUAAUAAUAUGGAAACUCAAGAGGGAACUACAAAAGCUGAAGAUAAUAAAGAGUCUCCAAAUAUAAUUAAUAAAUUAUCAGAACCUAUUAAACAAAAUAAUGAAGUAAUUAUUAGACCUCAUUUAGAUACUAAUAUUAAAGAAAUAGAAAAUGACAAGCAGCAAAGUGAUAAUGAAACAACCUUAAAUAAAAUAAAGCCUUCUGAUUCAUCUGGAAAUCUCAUGGUAUUUGAUAGAGUUACAGGAAAACCAAUCUUAACUACUACACCUAAGCAACAGAUUGAAAAUCAAAUUGAAAAGAAAGAACAAGAAAAGAAAACAUCUGAAGACAAAACUAUGUAA